GGUAGAAGUGCAGGUUUUUUUCCUAAAACCGGCUGAUUUAUGUUGUUCUGUCGGAGCAUAGUGUUGGUUUCAGUGAAUAUGAUCAAAAAAAUCUUGCCAACUGCCGCUUUAACCUCAAGUUGCUCAGGAAAAAUCUUGCCAACUGCCGCUUUAACCUCAAGUUGCUCAGGGGCCCUUGUCAUUUAAUUGACACAUUUCAUGGGGAAAUGGUAUAGUUUGGCCAAAGCCUCCACGUGUCCUUAUUGGUUGAAGCAAAAAGGAGAUUCAGCUGUUGGCACGCUGCUACUGGACAAGCAGACCUCAGCAAACACAAUCAGCGUGACCAAAACUAAAUCCAGACAGGGUAUCUGUAAGCAGAGUUCUGAUGAGUAUCAGCUGAGACAAACGCCUGGCAGAUUCCAGUACUACUUUUCCCCAUGUGAUGCUGAUGUGGACAUGUACGUGGUGGACACCGACUAUGACGGGUAUGCCCUGGUGGUGGAGCACAAGCACAAGCAUAACUCCGACAAAAUAAUCUUAUUCGUUUCACUUUAUGGCCGUACUCCAGUACUACCAGAGGCCUCGAUGGAGACCUUCAGACGGGUGGUGACAGAGCAAGGCAUGACCGAGGACCAUAUUGGCAUCCAGAAGAACAAAGGUGAAUGCAGUCCAGGUGAUGUUGUGAUCCCUGACAAACCUGACACACCUGACACACCCUGACACACUUGUGGCAUAGGUAAAGGAGGGCACAGCCUUAGUGGCCCCCUUGUACCCUCAGACCCAGUGUCCUGAGCCGAAACUGGCAUACGCAGGAGACCCACACCUGCUCCACUCACUCUACUCAGGAUGCACGGCACUGCCAGAGAUGCCCACCGCUUACAGCCUUCUUCACAGCAAAGAUUUCACCCCACAGAAAAGAUCAUCUUUUAGAUUUCAUAAUCUUUUAUUACAUUAUUAAUUAGUGGUUUUAUCUUUAUUAAAAUUAUAUGAUGUAUAUCUUAUGCAUAUUUUAAAUGUGUGAAGUUGAUUUUUGAAUACUAACUGUUAAUGUACACUAGUUGGAUUUACCUUAUUUUGAAUAAAACUGAGUGGUACAACAUGAUUAAAGAAAGCUUCAAAACUAUAAA